AUGGAAGAUAUUCAGAAAAAGGAUGAAAAUGACCACCGUGCACUGAACUCCCAGAAGAAGUUACCAUGGUUUCCUGCUGUUCAGAAGGCAAUGCUGAAAAUAACAAUCCCGGAUGAUACCUUACAACAUUGUUAUCCCCUGAUGGCGGUGGGAUUGGCAACCGUGUAUUCUGAGCAGAGAUUCCCCAUGAGAAUGGAAUCCCGGUUUCGUAUUGGGAUGCAAAUGAUUGUUGCAGAGGAGGUAAGAUGUAAUUGCCUAAUCCGGAGAGUAGUCCAUGAUGAAGUUCUCCCUCAUUUCCAAUGGGGGUUGGAUUCUGUUGCUGCAUUGUUGCAAAAUGAUCCAAAUGCAUUGUAUUCUGGUGUGAUAUCGCGAACGGAAGCAUGGUCAAGAAAGUAUUGCUGUUCACAUAAUGAUCCUGGUAAUAACUAUCCGGCUGCAGAGGAAUAG